UUCAAAAACUAGAGAGGGAGAGAGAAAAAGAUCAUUAGCUUCUUCCCCCUCUCUCGAUGCUCCUCUCCCCUUUCAAAAUUAAACCCUAAUCCUUUCUUCAUCCUCUCGUAAUCCUCUCUUAAGCCUUUUGGUUUAUCUCUUAAUUUGAUUUCUACUGUUCGAUUCGUCGUCAGCGGACGAGAUCUUUUUGAUCUGAGGGGUUUUGAAAUUGAUGCGGAGCGAAUUCCUUUGAAAUAUUUGUUGUUUUCAUUUUUCUGGCUCUUAUUUUGUCCAUUUCUUCGAUUUGGUGAAGAUUUUGACGGCUCUGAUGGAGCAAGGGACUUCAUCGGGGCCGUCGGAUUUCCCGCCGAAAAAGCUCGUUCGGCAUUUCACGGCUCGUACUCCGGCGCGACACCGCCGGCGGCUUCCGGAGAGGCGCGCGGUUGCUCCUACUCCGCAGCCGCCUCCACAGAAGCAGCAUCUGACGUGUCCUGCUGCUCCGAUACCGCGGCCUUCAGUUCCAAUCUCGGUGAAGCCAGAGUCACCAAAAUCACGACCGAGACCUAUAUAUGAAGUGAAAGACGGUACCCCAACAAGGAAAAAGAAUUGCAAUUGUAAACAUUCAAGAUGCCUGAAGCUGUAUUGCGAGUGUUUUUCGGCAGGGGUUUAUUGUGAUGGCUGCAACUGUACAAACUGUUGCAACAACGUAGAAAAUGAAGCUGCCAGGCAUGAGGCUGUUGAAGUUACUUUAGAACGCAACCCCAAUGCAUUUAGGCCAAAAAUUGGUAGUAGUCCACAUGCCGUCAGGGACAAUAAGGAAGAGGCGGGAUCUAUAGUUGGGAAGCACAACAAAGGAUGUCAUUGCAAAAAAUCAGGCUGCCUCAAAAAGUACUGUGAGUGCUUCCAGGCUAACAUUCUCUGUUCUGAAAAUUGUAAAUGCAUGGACUGCAAGAACUUUGAAGGAAGUGAAGAGAGAAAAGCUCUUUUCCAUGCUGACCAUGGAAGCUCCUUUACCUAUAUGCAACAAGCAGCAAAUGCUGUCUUAAAUGGGGCAAUAGGUCCCUCUGGCUAUGGCUCUCCAGCAUCGAAAAAGAGGAAAAACCAUGAUCUCUUUUAUGCCACAUCAGUAAAGGAUCAACCUGUUCACAGGCUUGCAUCGUUUCCCCAGGCUAGUAAUUUGAAGUCUUCAGGACCUCCUCCUUCCUCUUCCAUUCCUGUUGCACGUGCGGUGAAUCCUGCACCAGUAGGAUCAUCUAAAGUUACAUACAGGUCUCUUCUAGCAGAUAUCGUCCAACAAGAAGACGUAAAACAGCUCUGCAGGAUAUUGGUGGUGGUAUCAGGAGAAGCUGCGAAAUCACACCCUGAUAAAAAGAAUCAAGAGGAGAAGCCAGCAGAAAGAGAUGAGCAUACAGAGAGCCUGCUUGCAUCCAACCAUGAGAGGGAUGAGAGCCAAAGAGAACCAUAUGUUCGGAAAGUGUCAGCUGAUGAUAGGUCUAGUGGAACUAAUGCUGAUAAAACUGGCACAGAAGAUUCUGGAUCAGACUCUCUUGAUGAGCAGAAAAGUGAUAGGCCUAUGUCACCUGGGACGCUUGCGCUGAUGUGUGAUGAACAAGAUACAUUAUUCGUGACGUCCAAAAACCAAAGUACAUCUUCAAGGUUUCCGCAAAACCGAAGUAUGUCAGAGGUCUAUGCCAAUCAAGAGAGGAGCGUCCUGACAGCAUUCCGUGACUCUCUCAUUAAGCUUAUCCAUUGCGGAAGAGUGAAAGAAUCAAAGUACUCACCAACGAUGACAAUGAAGUCAGACUUAUUGAAUUAUAAGGAGUCGGUAGUUAAUGGCAAUGCCAGAGUGCCAUCGACUUAUUCUCAGAUACCUCAGACUGUAAAUGUGAUCCCCGUUUCGUCCAAUAAUCAUCUGCCUUCUAAAUCUGGAAACCCAAUCACGGAAAAUGGUGUUGUAAAAUUGAGAGACGGUGAAUAAUGAAAUGUAAGAAAAUAAGUUUGAAAGGAAAGUAAAGCGAACUUCUUAAGUCAAGUUCCUUGUUUGUAAUAUUACAACAGCCAUUGUCAUGGCAUGUUGUGCUAAAUACUGGUUGCUAGUACUGUAUUGGCCAUUCAGCAUGAGGAAAACGAAGAGGGGAAAAAUGAUUGUCAGGUCUCCAGUGACCUAAUUUUUUUAUUUAUUGUGAUUGAUGUAAUUUAUAUGUAAUUUAGUUUUCAUUUGGUUAUGUUUAUCGUUUGUAGCUGUAAAUGUUUUCUUUUGACCAAAAUUUUUCCGUGUCUUGUCCUUGAAGUCUAUGGCAUAUGGAAGGAAACGUUUUUCUUUUAGCGAGGAUGAAACAAGGAAUCUUUUUUCCUCCAAGAGGGAUGAUGAUUUUUUCCAUGUAACAGCUAACUGCAACAAUGAUAUUAUUAUGGAUC